UGAAUCUCUUUCUCACCGGGAGGCUCAGCAGCGCAGUUCCUGCCUUUGCUGCCUGCAGCGGGAAGCUGGAGCAGCACACAGAACGGCGUGGUGUCAUCUACAGCCCGGCCUGGCCCCUCAACUACCCACCAGGCACCAACUGCAGCUGGUACAUCCAGGGGGACCGCGGGGACAUGAUCACCAUCAGUUUCCGUAACUUUGAUGUGGAGGAGUCCCACCAGUGCUCCCUGGAUUGGCUCCUGCUUGGCCCUGCAGCCCCGCCUCGCCAGGAAGCCUUCCGGCUCUGCGGCUCUGCCAUCCCUCCCGCCUUCAUCUCUGCCCGUGACCACGUCUGGAUCUUCUUCCACUCAGAUGCCUCCAGCUCUGGCCAGGCCCAGGGCUUCCGCCUCUCCUACAUCCGAGGGAAGCUGGGCCAAGUGUCCUGCCAGGCAGAUGAGUUCCGCUGUGACAACGGCAAGUGUCUGCCGGGCCCAUGGCAGUGCAACACUGUGGAUGAGUGUGGAGAUGGCUCUGAUGAAGGCAACUGUUCAGCGCCCGCCUCUGAGCCACCGGGCAGCCUGUGCCCCGGGGGUACCUUCCCCUGCAGCGGGGCACGCUCCACGCGCUGUCUGCCGGUGGAGCGGCGCUGUGAUGGCACCCAGGACUGUGGUGAUGGCUCUGAUGAGGCUGGCUGCCCUGACCUGGCGUGUGGCCGGCGGCUGGGCAGCUUCUAUGGCUCCUUUGCUUCCCCGGACCUGUUUGGUGCCGCCCGAGGGCCCUCGGACCUUCACUGCACGUGGCUGGUGGACACGCAGGAUCCUCGGCGCGUGCUGCUGCAGCUGGAGCUACGGCUGGGUUACGACGACUACGUGCAGGUGUAUGAGGGCUUGGGUGAGCGUGGGGACCGCCUGCUGCAGACGCUGUCCUACCGCAGCAAUCACCGGCCAGUUAGCCUCGAGGCCGCGCAGGGCCGCCUCACCGUGGCCUACCAUGCCCGUGCCCGCAGCGCCGGCCACGGCUUCAACGCCACCUACCAGGUGAAGGGCUACUGCCUCCCCUGGGAGCAGCCAUGUGGGAGCAGCAGUGAAGGGGACAGUGGUGGCUCGGGGGACCAGGGCUGCUUCUCAGAGCCACAGCGCUGCGAUGGUUGGUGGCACUGCGCCAGCGGCCGGGAUGAGCAGGGCUGCCCUGCCUGCCCGCCUGACCAGUACCCCUGUGAGGGCGGCAGUGGCCUGUGCUACGCACCCGCUGACCGCUGCAACAACCAGAAAAGCUGCCCUGAUGGUGCUGAUGAGAAGAACUGCUUCUCCUGCCAGCCUGGCACCUUCCACUGUGGCACCAACCUGUGCAUCUUUGAGACGUGGCGCUGUGACGGCCAGGAGGACUGCCAGGACGGCAGCGAUGAGCACGGCUGCCUGGCCGCCGUGCCCCGCAAGGUCAUCACCGCUGCACUCAUCGGCAGCCUGGUGUGUGGCCUGCUGCUGGUCAUCGCCCUGGGCUGUGCCUUCAAGCUCUACUCCCUGCGCACGCAGGAGUACAGGGCCUUUGAGACCCAGAUGACACGCCUAGAGGCCGAGUUUGUGCGGCGGGAGGCGCCCCCAUCCUAUGGCCAGCUUAUCGCACAGGGCCUCAUUCCGCCUGUGGAGGACUUUCCUGUCUACAGUGCAUCCCAGGCCUCCGUGCUGCAGAACCUUCGCACAGCCAUGCGACGACAGAUGAGGCGACAUGCCUCCCGCCGGGGCCCCUCCCGCCGCAGGCUCGGCCGUCUCUGGAACCGGCUGUUUCACCGGCCACGGGCACCCCGAGGCCAGAUACCACUGCUGACUGCUGCGCGCACCUCACAGACAGUGCUGGGAGAUGGGCUUCUCCAGCCUGGGCCAGGGGCCACGCCAGACCCCUCAGCCCCCCACACGGACACAGGCAGCCCCAGAGCACCUGGGGAUGGGCCUCCCAGUGCCCCUGGCCGUGCACCAGAGGUGGGACCUUCAAUGCCCUUGCCCUCAGGCCUGCAGGACCCAGAGUACAGGGUUGUGGACAGGGACAGAAAAGCCUGCAGGGACCCUCUGGUGGACAGCCUGGCCACUGUGGACACAGCUCCUGACUCUUGCUCCGCCCAGGAACCCCAGCCCCAGGCUCCCACAGCCAGCAGCACUCAAGGCCCCAACUCAGCAGAGCCGCUGGGGGUCUGCCGGAGCCCCCUGCCACCCUGUUCCCCAAUGUUGGAGGCCAGCGACGAUGAGGCCCUGCUGGUCUGCUGACCCACAGGACACGCUGGUGACUGCCACCGCCCCGCUUUGUAACCAGGGAAUACACAGUUGUUUCUACCCUG